AUGCACAACCCCGCGAAGAUCCCCGGCCAGGCCUCGGAACCCGGUGACGCCGAUGCCAAGUCAAGAGCUCAGCCUAACCAAGUCCGUUUCUCCUCCAUCGCGGAGGAGAUUGAACCAGGUCGAUCAGAUUUGUCCCCUGUAUCAGAGCAACCAGAGCAACCAGACCAGCCAGACCAAAGGCGACCUACGGACGAGGAACAAUUACGGUCGCUGGCGAUGAGUAUGCAGGGCGCACAGCUUCAGGAGUCCCGCCUGCGGAACUUCUCCUUUGACCCCAUGUCUCUUCCUUCCUCCAGGGUUGCAUCUCGAGACUCGAGUGAUCGGAGCGGACAUGGCACCGGUGCCUUUGCCUCGCCGCGUCCGUCUCCUCCAGCCUCUGCUGUACAGUCACCCCCUCUUACUCCAGCUGCAACCCAUUCUCGCGAAGGCCGAACCAGCGACAGUUCUUCUCUGAAAGCUACCAGCCGACCCCACGCGGACACUAAUUUUACCCCUGAAGCGUCACCUCCAGUCGGAUCAACCGACAAGAACAGCACGCCUCAACCCAGCUCAUCCUCCCGCCCUCAGUCUACCGAGCCUACCAGAAAAAGUGAAGGUUCAGAGCGAGCUUCUCAUGCUAUCCAAGUACCCAAAAAUCGUGCGCAAUUCUUCGUUGGGAAUGAUGGGAGCACCGCCCAAGAUGAAAGUCCCCCUUCGACUCCACAAGAGUCUCUUACUCCGCCAGUGACUAUGACCCCUGUGGGCGAACCUAAUGAUCCAUAUGCGCGCCAUAAGCGACCACCCCAGUCCAAAAACCUUGCCCAGUUGGAUCCUCGCUUUAUCUUCAGCGGUCGGGAUGUCAAACGAUCAUUUCGUCCCUCGGCUCCCCGAUCCAGUAGCGCGAGUGACCUCAGCAAACCUAGUGACAAGCGGAGCAUAUUUGGAGGUAAGAAGGAGCACGGUAGCGAUAAGCACCACGGCCACCAGCAUCAUGGCUCUAUGUCUGAAUUGAAACGAUUCUUCAAGAUGGGCCAUCGCAACAAGCGAUCCGAGUCCCCGACAUCGAUGCCUAAAAAGUCGAGUCCAUCAGCUGGAAAGUCCACUCCGUAUCAAAUGGCUACCGAAAAUGUUCCCUUUGCUGAUGAUCACGGUCUGAAUUCCAAGUAUGGAAAGCUGGGCAGAGUGCUCGGAUCUGGAGCUGGUGGCUCGGUGCGUCUCUUGAAGCGCAACAGUGACGGCGUCACCUUUGCAGUCAAGCAAUUCCGAGACCGUCACAACUGGGAGAGCUUGAAGGAAUACUCUAAGAAGGUGACUGCAGAGUUCUGUAUUGGCUCCACCUUGCACCAUGGCAAUAUCAUCGAGACCUUGGAUAUCAUCCAAGAAGGCAGUCGCUGGUAUGAGGUCAUGGAAUAUGCGCCGUUCGAUCUGUUUGCUAUCGUGAUGACCGGCAAAAUGGGCAAGGAGGAGAUCGCCUGCUCUUUCAAGCAGAUUCUGAGCGGUGUGGCGUACAUCCAUGGCAUGGGUCUGGCCCAUCGGGAUCUGAAACUGGAUAACGUGGUGGUGAACGACCGUGGCAUCAUGAAAAUUAUUGAUUUCGGAAGUGCCGUCGUAUUCCGCUAUCCUUUUGAGAACGACAUUGUCCCUGCUUCAGGUAUCGUUGGCUCUGAUCCUUACCUUGCCCCCGAGGUCUACGACGAGAAGAAAUAUGACCCUCGCCCCACGGAUGUCUGGUCGCUGGCGAUCAUCUUCUGCUGUAUGACCUUGCGCCGGUUCCCAUGGAAGCAACCGCGCCUGACCGACAACUCAUACAAGCUGUUCGUUUCCAGCCCGACCCCAGGCACCCCGGUUCCCGAACCGGAGCCACGCCGUCGGCCCAAGUCGACACCAGAUCUUCUUUCCCAAGCCCAGGACAAUAAGCGUUUGACCCCUCGCUCGAGCGGACCUGAUCAGUCUGGAACGGACCAAAAUGGAAACGGGGCUGAAGAUGCAGAAGCAAAGAAAUUAGAGCCCCCCCUCCAGAGGGAGGAUGAUCCUCCCGAUACUGCUCAAAAGCAGAUCAGCCAAACCAGCAACUGCGCCCAUGAUCGGCCCACCCGAACCACCAGCAAAGAGGCACCGCCGGUUCAGACAUCAACCCAGCCUUCUGGGCAGCGCCAGGAGGUCAUCAAGGGCCCAUGGCGACUUCUCCGGAUCUUGCCGCGGGAAAGCCGGUACAUCAUUGGCCGCAUGCUGAAGACCAACCCGAAAAACCGAGCGACUCUCGACGAGGUCCUAGCGGAUGACUGGGUAAAAAACAUUCAGGCCUGCCGACAGGACGUGACUGGUGAAAUUAUCAAUGCCCCCGGCCACACCCACGUCCUCGAGCCCCCCGCCCAGACCCCUGCCGUGGCCAGCAAAGCUGCCAGGGCCAAAUAA